UCAGAUUCCCCUACCAGAAGGUCCCCGAGAUGAAGCGGGAUCCAGGCGAGGGAGGAUAGAGCCGAGCCUAGAGAAUCGAUUGGCGUUUCUGUCCUUCGUCCCGUUACUAACGGCUUCCUGAAGGAUAGGUUGGACCGGCUCCUGGAUCCGAACUCUUGGAGGGCCAGGAGACAAAAUGUCAUCAUAUUUUUUGCCGAUACCACUGACUCCUGAAGAUAAAGGAAAAGAAGGCUCAGUCAAAAAGGAAAGGCCAUAUAAGAUCUUUUUCAAAGAUCUCUUUCUUUUCAAAGAAAAUGAAGUGGCAGCAAAGAAAAAGGAAAAAUUUAUAAACCGCAGCAUGAGAGUCUACCAAAAGUCUACUUUUUCAUCUCGAAUGAAGAGUCGUUCACACCUGGGCCAAAGAGCAUUCUACUCUGACACAGCUGGUGACUCAUUUGAAAAAUUUGGGCUAGAUCCCACUCUUAUUCUCAGAUUAACAGAAGGUGCAGACGCAAAAAGGACCACUCAUGAAUUUAUUAAUGACCAGAGAGACAGGUUUCUGCUGGAGUAUGCUCUCUCAACCAAAAGAAAUACAAUUAAAAAGUUUGAAAAACUCAUAGCAGUGAAGGAACAGCAACUCAUAAAAGCAGAAAAAAAGCUCCAAGAAGAUGCCAUGGCCUUUGAAGAGUUCCUUCGAGAAAAUGACCAGAGAUCUGUAGACGCCCUUAAAAUUGCAGCACAGGAAACUAUAAACAAACUCCAAAUGACAGCAGAGCUAAAGAAAGCAAAUAUGGAGGUACAGGCAGUGAAAAGUGAGAUAGCAAAAACAGAAUUCCUCCUUAGAGAAUACACGAAAUAUGGAUUUUUUCUGCUGAAAUUGUCUCCAAAACACUGGCAAAUCCAGCAAGCGCUGAAAAAGGCACAGAUGACAAAAAGUAGAGAAAGUAUGAAUGUCACUCUUCCGGUAUUAACAAAAUUAAAUACAAAGAAAAAUGAGGGCAGUAUUGAGGAUUCCAGGAAGACAUCUUUUUCAGACGACAAUUCUAUGGGAAGAGGAAAACCCCACAGGAAGACCACCUUCACCCCAGAGAAUAAGAAAUCAUCCUUAUCAAAUCUCACUGAAAGUAUCAGUUCAGAAGAUAGUUUGGAAUUCUUUUUAGAUGAUGAUAUGGACUAUGAUCUGGAGCCAGAACUUUAUUUCAAAGAACCAGAAGAGUUACUUCAAGUCCUCACAGAGCUGGAAGAGCAGAAUCUAACUUUGGUACAAUAUUCCCAAGACAUAGAUGAAAGUCUUGAAGAUAUAAAUAAAAGAGAAAAACUUAUACAGGAUAAAAUAAAUAGCAACAUAGCAUUUCUUUUGGAGCACAAGGAAAUGCUCAAGGCUAACUGUGUGAGAGAAGAGGAAAAAGCUGCAGACCUGGAAUUAAGGUCCAGGCUAUUUAGUUUUGGAGAAUUUAAAUCAGAUGCUCAGGAAAAACUGAUAGAAUCUCUUAGUAAAAAAAUUAAUCAAGUAUACAAGGUCUGCAUUGGAGAUGCUGAUGUUGGCAGUCUCAACCCAGUUCAAAAGCUGGUAAAAGUAGAGUCUCGCCUGGUGGAAUUGAGUGAUCUCAUUGAAUCCAUUCCCAAAGAAAAUGUGGAGACAAUUGAGAGGAUAAAACAGAAAGAACGGCGGCAAAAGUUACGUGAAGAUAAAAUGAAAGAAAAACAAAGACACCAAGAGGAAAGGCUAAAAGCUGCUCUGGAAAGGGCAGUGGCACAACCAAAGAAAAAGCUGGGAAGAAGACUUACCUAUCGUUCAAAACCUCCAUCUGGUAACAAACAUGAACUACUUUUGGUCAAGGAUACAAGAACAAAAUCACUAGAGGAAGAAUAUUUUUUCACUUGAAUUGGUGCACUAAGACAUUUACUGCCAGAAUGUUUUAGGCAUUUUGUAGAUUUUGGUUUUCAGUAAUGGCAAUAUUCUGCCCCAUAUGCUGGCCUAACCAAUUUAAGGAAGACAGGCACUUAUUCUCGUGGUUAUAGGAUUGGCAAUGGGAGUUAUUUUCUUUUGUUGAAGGCUUUUAUUACCAUAUCCUAAGUAGUAUACCAUAAGCUAAACAUUUAUAUCUUUGGGUUAUCCCAGUUGGAGCUACACAUCCAAAGUGUACUUUAACUUACAUUACUUUAUGUUACAUUCCUUUAACAUUGCGUUAACAAUGUGGUGAAUGACCAUUAAAGUGCAAUAAUGGCAUUCUCUGACAAUCUAGGACUUUAAAUGAUCUAAUUUGUUUUCAACCAGUCCACAGUUCAUAGUGUACAUUUUAUCACUGUGGAGUAUACAUUUUAACAGUGUAUAACUCUAAAACAUCUAAAUGGUUUUGAGGAGUUUAAAACUUAAAUUAACAGGUAAUUUGUUGACUACUAAGUAAAAUGAAACAGUAUACAUUAAUUCUAAGGAAAUAUUUAACUUUAUACAUGACAAAAGUGGUUCAAUAACUUUAAAAGAAAGUUGUUUUAAAAGGUCUCAGUUAAUAUAGUAUUACAAGAAAAGCACUGAAAUUCACCUUCAUAAGUGUUUAUUAAGCAUAUAAUUUUCUCCCUAUAGAAAAAAAAAAGAAUACUGAGCUUAUAAAAGAA